AUGAAAAUACGCUUCCAAACAAAUCAAUCUGUUUCGCGUAUAUCAGCAUCGCUUAAUUUGUGCGGCCAGCAUUAUAUCCAAUUCAUAAAUGCCUUAAUUCGAAUUGGUUUGGGAAGACUUAUGUUGGCAGUUAACUCAGACAUAGGUCAGACUUCUAAAAGUAGUGUGCUUAAAAUAUUUGUAGUUACUAGUUUGUACUGGCUCGUUCAUUUCUUGCUAUUUAUGUUUGUGGGUUGCGAAUAUCUUAUUCUGUUACCGUACGAGCUAGAAGUACGGCCAUCAUUUGUUGUUCCUAUGUAUUACAUCACUGGGAUAUAUUUGGUAAUCUCUAUUUUAUUUCAUUAUCAGAAGGCGUGCUCAGUGGAUCCUGGACGCCCCGAUCGUUCAGGUGCAGAACCGCUGUGCGUUUCUUGUGGCUAUCACAAACCAGAAGGUACUCACCAUUGUUCUUUAUGUGGCCACUGUGUAUUGUAUAUGGAUCAUCACUGUGUAUGGAUCAAUCAGUGUGUAGGUCUCAAUAAUCAUCGUUAUUUUUUACAAUUCGUUGUCUAUGUGUGGCUUGCGCAAUGCCUGAUACUUAUAGCAAAUUAUACUGCUUUCUGGGAACACCUUUAUUCUAUCAAUCGCCUGUUGCCAGUACCGUACUGUACACGUCAUUUAUCGUUGGCACCUUGGUGUGGUAUACUGUGUUCACUAAUGCCAAAUUUUUUGAACAGCUAUGUUUGUUUUGUUUAUGGACUUGCUUCGCUCUUAUUUAUCAUUCUUGGAAUAUUCUCAGUAUGGAAUAUGUAUUUAAUUUCAAUUGGCGAAACUUUCGUUGAUUAUUUGCAACACAGUGGUGAUAAUUGUUACCAGAGGAAAUGGCGAAGCAACCAUGGAUUUGUUGAAAACUGGCGCUGCUUUUUAGGAUUAAGUCAAGACCAUACUUUUUUGCGACACAUUCUUUUGCCGUCUUCUCAUUGUCCUAUCAAAAAACUUCUGACAUGUGAGAAUGAAAGUCAUACAUUCAUCGUAUGA